AUGGUAGAUAUGCAACGUCACUCCUUCGAGGAAACCUCUCCAGGCAGUCACAAACACUCUCGAUCCGAGUCUUCCAAGGACAGUGGACCUGUCCAAUUGACUGAAUUUGCAACCAUUAAUUUGCCAUUCUUUGAAACACCUACUUCUCAAUCAUUGCCGAAGCACAAGACCCAACCUGUUCUAACACCCAUCCCUCAUUUCAAAGAGAAUCGGGUCUCAUCACCCAAAAGAGGUCGCAGCAGAGUGAGAAAUACUGGAAAUGCAGCAGUAGCAAGAGACACCUUUCGAGGUCCACUCUCGCCUGAUAGAUUCAUUCCAAAGCGAGACUUCGUGGAACCAACAUCAACAACAUUUCGUGUGGCCAAGCAUCCGCAGCGUCUUUCACCUCAAGAGAGACAAUUUCGACGACUUCCUCCCGGGGAUGACCCAUUUCUACCCCCUACCCUGCGUAGGACUUAUGCUGCUAGUGGACGCCAGCAGCCAACUCGACUCCAACAGAUCCCACAUCAACGGCCUCGUCUAGUCACCGAACCCAACAUCACAGGCAAUAAUGUUGCACAUGAAACUUUGAGACAGGUUAGUUCCGGUGCAGUCUGGAAUGUGGGUGGGGCUUCUGCAGUCCUCGGUGAUUCCGUUAUUGCGGCUCCUGAUGACACGCCGAUCACUUCAACGAAUGGAUCAUCAACUGCCCCGAUUUUCGUGGCUCGGUUCUUACCCAAGAAACCCAAGCACAGUGAACAAGAAAUUCACGAGUCGAGGCUUGCGCUUGCUUUGGGAAUUGACCCGACGACUAGACAGCUAGGUACUUGUCUACGCUAUCUGGAUGCUCCCCUCAAUCCAACAUCCCCAGACUUCGAGCGCCUCUCCCCAUUUGUAUGGAAGGACAGUGCUUGGAAAAAAGUUGAAAAAGAGCGAUGGCCCAGAUCUGCUGGCAGGAAAGAGGUUGUUCCACCGAAGCCUUUUCGAAUCCUUGAUGCUCCCUUCCUCCGGGACGAUUUUUACUGCAGUACUCUUGCAUACUCAACAACAUCUGGCAUACUGGCCGUGGGCUUGGGCCAUCAAGUAUAUCUCUGGUCUGAGGGCCAUGGUGUGGAUUAUCCUCCCUUUCCAGAUUUGCACUCCUCAAAUUAUGUAACUUCCCUGUCGUUUUCUUCUGAGGAUGGCGAGCGAAGCAUUCUUGCAGUGGCUCGUCGAUCCGGUCAGUUGUCUCUAUGGAGCACAUUCGAGAAGCAAGCCCGGUUUGAGAUCAGUCAUCCCAGUACCCUUACAUGCGUGGUAUUCAAGCCGAGAACAUCACGUCGACCUUCAGAACGGUUCAUGCAUGUGGAAGUCAACGCGGAAGAGCUGGUUGUCGGUGAUGAAUUUGGAAAUGUCUGGUAUUAUUCGGUUGAGUGGUCUGACAAAGAAGACCAAGCUAAGUGGAAAUGGAACGGGUCCAUGACGCUUCUUGCCAAGAUCUGUGCACACACUCAACAAAUAUGUGGACUGGCUUGGUCACCCGAUGAGAAAUACCUUGCCACGGGUGGUAAUGAUAACGUUUGCCUUCUGUUUGAAAUAGCCCAGAUUGUUCCGUCGCGGCAUUCGAAUUAUACGGUCGGAUCCAUUACGCCCCCGGAUUCCCCUAGCAGUUUCAGCCUCGGUGUAUUUCCUUACCUUGCUCUUGGCACCGCCACAAGACGACUAUUUCUUAGGCGACCUGCUCUUCCAUCAUGGCUUGCUGCUCCGACUAAGCCUCCGGCCGCAGCCGCACUUUUAAAACAUGCAGGCACUCUAAUUUCCGGUGGUGGACGAACGAUUCUGGUCCCAUACGACCGUCAGAAGCAUCGUUUGGCGCACUCCGCUGCGGUCAAAGCAAUUGCAUUUGCGCCAUGGCAGUCAUCCCUGCUCGCCACGGGAGGAGGUACCAAUGACAGAUCUAUACACUUCUAUCACACCCGGAGCGGAGCCUGUCUUGCAACCAUCAAUGUCUUCGCGCAGGUGACCAGUCUUAUAUGGAGCGAAACUCGACGUGAGAUCGCCGCUACUUUCGGCUAUGCACAGCCAGAUCACCCAUUUCGAAUCGCCGUUUUUGCUUGGCCCAGCUGCGCACAGGUGGCCGUCAUUCCCUGGGGGCCCCAUGGAGCCACCUGGGAUGGCCCCGAGACUCGAAUCAACAACUUCGACUGCGGAAGAGCAUUGUGGGCAGUGCGAUAUCCAGGGAAAGUCUCUCAUUUCUCGGGUGUACAGUCUGAUAGGCCGGACAGUCAGUCAUCUUCGCCUUCGUCGUCGUCUAGUCAGACUCGGUCUCCGGAGCAAGGAGCCCCAACCCGUAGCCGCAAGGUCGGUGCUCGGAUGUUUACCCCCAAGGAGAAAGAAGGUGGAAUGUGGUGCACGCGAACAAAGGAGGAGGGAUGCAUUAUUGUCGCGUCUAGUGAUCAAACUGUGAAGUUCCAUGAGGUCUGGACGGGAAGAAGGACAAGCACUAGCUCUGCUUAUGGACUCUUCGGCGGAAGCGAUAUUCUCGAAGGGCUCGAAGGUAUUGAGAAGGCUGGUGGUGAAGUCAUUCGUUAG